CUCAUUUCUGCCAAUCUUUAUUCUUCUCUGACUGAGCACUUUGGUAACCCGAGUGAGGACCUUUGCCAGAUUUCAACGCGGUGCUCUCGCCAAGUGACAGGAAGGACUACGUGAGCGAUUUAGUGAUCACUCUUUUCUGGACCAGGUCUCAGGCUCGGUAUUUAACCUAUCGCCAGAGUAUCACGUUGGAACGUUUCUGAUCCAUUUUAUACAAUAGUCAGCCAAGAUGCCUUUAGGUGGAGGAAAAAAAUGCCCCCGAUGUGGAAAGACAGUGUACGCAGCAGAAGAGAUAAAAACCAAUUCAUUCUCCUACCAUAAACUGUGCCACAGAUGCUUCCUGUGUGACACCGGUUUGGACUCCAAGACAGUUUCGCCCCACGAUGAUGAGCUCUACUGUAAGAGAUGCCACGCCCGUAAGUACGGCAUCAAGGGUAUCGGGUUUGGUAUUGGAGGAGGGGCCCUUGGCAUGGACGAAGGCGAACAACUCGGAAACGUUCCAGACCCAAGUCUAAGGGGAGCUCCAGCAAUCGCAGCAGCGUACGCCCAUUCCGAUCUGACGGGAGUCUCAGGGAUGGGCGGUGACCGUUGCCCGAGGUGCGGCGGAUCUGUCUACGCAGCAGAAAAGAAAAUUGGAGCAAACAAUACUUGGCACUCUAAGUGUUUCACUUGCUUCAUGUGUAAUAAGCGGCUGGAUUCCACCACCUUGGCCGAUAAGGACGGCGAAAUCUUCUGUAAAGGUUGCUAUGGCAGGGGCUUCGGGCCCAAAGGAGUCGGCUUUGGCAUGGGUGCCGGUUCGCUUGCGAUGGCAGACUAGACAAUGAAAUUGGCUGCUACGGGAAAGGAUUCGGGCCCAAAGGAGUCGGAUUCGGUGGAGGCGCUGGUGCCCUGGCCACGGAAUAAGCAUCCUCUCUUGGCGGAAGUUUACUCAUCCCGGACAACCUUUUUACUUAAAAAUCGGUGUUAUCUCCACUACAAAUAAGAUCAUUCAUUACCUCAUUUCCCAAUAAUCUCUCUGUCGAAUCCACCCAGACACAUGUUAACGUGCUGCUUUUUAUUGAUAUUUCAAACGUAUUUAAAAUAUCCACCUCGAAGACUAAUGCACCCUAUGAAAUCAUUUAUGGAAAUUGAAAUACCAAGUGCUUUACUGCAUAAAACGUCAAGUUGAUGAUAUAGCCAACGAAGUAUUCACAAGCUUAAUUUACACGUUGAACAGUUUAAAUUUGCAAAUCAUGUUAUUAAACAUAUUUUCCUCACAAACUAGCGCUGAUAAGAAAAAAAUUAUCUGUACACAAGGAUUCUUGUUGUCAUAAUGUUGAUAUGAUAGGGAUGUAUAUGGUAUUUUUAAGGAAUAUUUGAUAUUUUAUUUUCAGUAUUAACGUUGAAUAAGAAAUUUGCAAUAAAAACAUACAGACACUUUAAAGUUUUAAUGCUAGACCGUAUUACGUGUGUUACGAAUCUAUAUGUCUAAAUAAAAAUCAAUCGAAUUUACGAAUUUGAUAGGAACUUUUUUUUAUUAAGUUUAUUAAAAAAAAUCUUUAUUAUGUAUUCCAUGUUCGAUCUGUAUGUUAUCGCAGCAUACAACUGAUGAGACAUUUUGAACAUUGAAAUCAACCUUUUUCAGAUUUAUGUCUGUAUUGAAAUCUAAAGAGAAGAAAUACAAUAAAAAAAUGCUCAAAAAUAUAGUUCAAUGUGACUGCUGCUAUCUGUGUAGCGCGAGAUAUGUAAAGUGAGGUUCAUUUGUGACCAGCCAUCUCAAACCACCAUUAAAGUCGCCCAAAAUGAAUUUUGAGAUUUUCAUUUAGUUUGAAAAAGCACAUACUUACCUUGAAAUUGAUAUA